CCGGGUCACCUGACCAUAAGCCGCUGGACAUGGCGUCUCGCUUGGUUGCCGGCGAGCGGCUGGUGCGCGCCUUGGGCCCCGGCGGGGAGCUGGAGCCAGAACAGCUGCCCCGGAAGCUGCGGGCAGAACUUGAGACCGCGCUAGGGAAGAAGCCCAAGAGUGGUGAUUUUCCCAGUGGCUCCGCGCGCCUGGUUUCUUUCCGCUUGAUCCGAGAUCUGCAUCAGUACUUGAGAGAGAGGGGUUCCACACUAUACCUUCAUGAGCUCCUAGAAGGCAGUGAAAUCUAUCUCCCAGAGGUUGUGAAGCCUCCCCGGAACCCAGAGCUAGUUGCCCGUUUGGAGAAGAUUAAGAUACAGCUGGCCAACGAGGAAUAUAAGCGGAUCACCCACAACGUCACCUGUCAGGAUUCGAGGCACGGUGGGACUCUUAGUGACCUCGGAAAGCAAGUGAGGUCAGUGAAAGCUCUGGUCAUCACCAUCUUCAACUUUAUUGUCACGGUAGCAGCUGCCUUCGUCUGCACUUACCUUGGAAGCCAAUAUAUCUUCGCAGAAAUGGCCUCACGGGUCCUGGCUGCAUUGAUCGUGGCCUCUGUGGUGGGUCUGGCCGAGCUGUAUGUCAUGGUGCGGGCGAUGGAAGGCGAAUUGGGAGAGCUUUGAUGGUUCCUCAUCAAAGUGUGGAGUGGAUUUUGGGAGACUCCAGGCUCCCAGCUGCCAGUCACUGACUCUCAGUCAACCUGUCAGGCUCUUCGUCCUCAGCUCCGGUUAGAGGGCCAAGCCAAGGCCACCUGCUGGUCCUGCAGGGGGCGGGGAGGGCAUCCUCUGUCAAUUUCCAGAGGGGCAGUAAAAGAGACUGAGACAACAACUGAAAAGAACUGGUCUUUCAGUACCUUCUCCUGAACCCAGUGCCCAUCUGCCUUCUCCAGUCCACCUGGGCACUGCUGAGGCUGGGUUUUUCCAUCAGGAGUAAAUAGAAUACAGGCCUUCCAAGAAGCAGACACUCCUGCCUUGAAAUUGCCCAAGUGCAUAAAUUGAUGGUCACCUUUGCUGCAUACAUCCUUGAUGCAGACCUGUAAUUUAGAUCAGUAGGCUCCAAGAAAACAAAGGAUUUCCUUUCUCCAGUUUGUGCCAGAAGAGGAACUGAUCACAGGACAUCGAAUAAGAGAAAGGCUGUUUGGCAUGGGAUGGUGAAAUUGGGAGCUAGGCAGCUACCUUUCUGGAAUCUUCAUUUCUGUCUUCAUCUUCUUUCUUCCGCUUGCCUUUUUCACAUUUUCUGUAUGCUUCUGCCCAUCUCUGCCACUCAUCAGCCUUCCUUAAACUUCCCACCUCCCCAUCACCCUUUGCUCUGCCUCCAAAAAUGAAACCAAUUCAGAUGGCAAAACAGUAUGUGUGAUUUUAAUUGAAAAUCUCUUUGUGCUUGUGUGUGUUGGUGGGAAGAGUAUGCCUACCGUGGAUUGUCUCAGCUAAUAAAGGGAGAUGUUCUUUGUAGGUAUGGUUUGUCGUCAGGCUUGACUGUAUAUGUGAACACGAAGAGACAUACAUGUGAAUAUGUAUACAUAACAUGAGUAUGUACACAUAUUGUUAUACAUAAGCCUAAUGGAGGAUUUUUUAUGUAGGUUCUUAAAAUAUUUGUGGGGGGUGGGGUGCUAAAAAUAGUUUGUAAAUGUGCAUAGUUGAGUAACUGCUUUCCGUGGUUGCUUUUGGUCUUCACAACCAUCCUGGAGGUUGGAAGAGGGAAUGGUUUUAGGCCCCUCUUCCCGAAGACAAAGGCUGAGAGAGAUCAGAUGACCAGCUGUGGUCCUUCUUCUGUAAAGGGAGCCAAAGAUUGUUAGGUUGUCCUGAAGUCCCUGUGUAAUGUUAAACUUGCAAGAACUUAGAUUAAUGGUAUAGUGAUAAAGUCUGUAUACGUGUACUUAAAAACUAUUAGUGAUAGUUAUUUAUUCAAUAAAUAUUUAUGGUACCCACUGUA